AUGGAGCCCGUAUCUGCUGCAGCAGCAGCAGCAGCUGCAGCAGCAGCAGCUGCUACUGCAGCAGCAGCAGUUGCAGCAGCUACUGCUGCAGCAGCAGCAGGUGCAGCAGUAAGAGGCGCAGCAGCAGCGGCGGAGAGACAGCAGCAGCAGCAGCAGCAGCAGCAGCAACAGCAGCAGCAGCAGCAGCAGAACCUGCAGCAGCAGCAGAAACAGCAACAGCAGCAGCAGCAGCAGCAGCAGCAGCAAAUGACUACUCAGUGUUGUCCGUGCGUCGUUUGUCAGAAUCAAGCGACCCAGCAGCAGCAGCAGCAGCAGCAGCAGCAGCGCAACCAACAGCAGCAGCAGCAGCAGCAGCAGCAGCAGCAGCAGCAGCAGAAGAAGAAGAAGAAGGAGACAGUGAGCUCAGCAGCAACAGGCUACCGAGUAUAA